UUCAAACUUCGCAUGAAGAGAGACGUAUCCAUCUUUACCCAGGACGUCCUAAUUGAGUCGUCUACUCGAGGGGUGAUUCCUUUUGAUACAAGCAGGGUUCUUAUAGGUCACUUGGAAGAUGACAAAGAAUCUCCGGCAGAAGGCGUUCUCACCCAGGAUGGAAUGUUUGACGGUGUAAUCUAUUCUCGAAGUGGAGACGAAUAUCACGUUGAACCAGCCUCUCGUUACUUUACAUCACCUAGGGCCUUUCAUUCCAUUAUGUACAGACUGUCUGACGUCCACUUUCCUGUACAAAAUACGUGUCUUUCUCAGCAUCUUCAUGAUACGUUAAAAGGUUCCUCUUUAUUAUCAGCACAUUCUUUUUCACCAAAGCAUUUUUCAUUGUUUUCGUUGACUUCGGAAAAACUACAACCGAAUGUUCGUAGUAGAGUUAAACCAGAAAAAAACUGCUGCGGCAAAAUUUAUUCCUUGCAUUCUUCGCGUAAUAAAAGGAGAAAAACAUACUCAAAACAUAGUUUUUCUACUAAAAACCAUACUUAUAUUUAUUUAAAAAAAUACAACCCUCUUACUCAUUCUCGCGAUCAUGCUGAAAUCGACACAUAUACUGAUAGACACCAAGAAAAGGCCUUACAUAAUUCAGCUUCUGUAAACUCUAAAUAUCUUCGUCUCCGUCGAGAGGUCGUCGAUGAUAACCCCAUCUACUGGAGAGACGUUGAUGCACUGCACUACAAAAACAAGAUUUUACAGACCCAGUUUGAGCCCCACGGACUUCAGUCGGGUCAACGGGUCCAAACAACGGCAACAGAUCCUGGUCAACCAGUGACCCUUGAUUUUAAAAAGUCCACGUGCAUGCUCUAUCUUCAGGCUGAUCACCUUUUCUAUCAAAAGAUGGGCGGUGAAGAAGCAUGUAUCGAAGCUAUGACAAGGCAUGUUCAACGUGUCAAUGGAAUUUUCAGAACUACAGAUUUUAACCAAGAUGGCCGUUCCGAUAACAUAUCUUUCAUGAUCAAAAGAAUAAAAGUCUACACUAUAGAUGAUCUCAGAGAUCCUCAUUAUCGCUUUCCGGGAAACUAUGGGGUGGAAAAAUUUCUGGAACUAUUUUCCGAAGAGGAUUACGAUGCCUUUUGUCUGGCCUAUAUGUUUACUUAUCGAGAUUUUGAGGGAGGCACGUUGGGUUUAGCCUGGACCGGGGAUCUCAAAAACGCCGGUGGAGUAUGUGAAAAAAACGGGCAUUAUCGUGGAAGCCUGAAAAGUCUGAACACCGGAAUCGUUACCCUCCUGAACUAUGGAAAACACGUCCCGCCAGUUGUAUCUCAUGUUACUUUAGCGCAUGAAAUAGGUCAUAACUUUGGAUCUCCUCAUGACCCAGAAAAUAACGAUCUUUGUACUCCUGGUGGUAAUUAUGGGAACUAUAUAAUGUUUGCUAGGGCAACCGCUGGAGACAAGAAAAAUAACAACAAAUUUUCACCAUGUAGCCUUAAUAGCAUGAAUGCUGUGUUAAAUACAAAAGCAAGAACCAUGAGAGGAUGCUUUACAGAGCCCCAGCUCGCCAUCUGUGGAAACGGUGUGGUAGAAGCAAACGAAGAAUGUGAUUGUGGGUGGGAGGAAGACUGUCAGGAGCCAUGUUGUUUUCCCAUGAGGAUUAAUCCUCCUCACGACCAACCCCCUUGUCAUCUUCGUCCUAACAUAAUGUGCAGCCCUAGUCAAGGUCCUUGUUGCACCCACGACUGUUACUUGAAGAUUGGAAAAAAGUGCCGAGAUGACAAUGGCUGUAGAAGCGCCAGUUUUUGUGAUGGAGUUAGUGCGAAGUGCCCUCCUUCCACUAACAAACCCAACAAAACCAUUUGCAACAAAGAAUUCGUCUGUUAUCUUGGGGAGUGCACUGGUUCGAUCUGUGUGGCUUACGGUCUUCACUCCUGCCAGUGCCGAAUGGGACCCAGUGACCCUGUUACUAAAGCCUGUGAGAUGUGUUGUCAAAACCCUGGUGAUGGUUCUAGUUGCAAAUCUUCCUUCGAGUGGAACAUUCCUCCUUACGAUGUCCCCGAUCUUUAUGCUAAGCCCGGUACUCCGUGCAACAACUACAAUGGCUAUUGUGAUGUUUUUCAAAGAUGCAGAGAGGUGGACCCGUCCGGACCAUUAGCUACACUGCACAGACUUCUUCUGUCCAGUAAAAGCAUUGCUCUUCUGAAAGAGUGGCUGAUGACCCAUUGGUGGGGAGUAUUACUGGGCUUAAUUGGUGCUGUCUUGCUUAUGGUUUUGUCAGUGAGAGUUUGUGGGAAAAGUUCAAGAAAAAGCAAAGGAAAAGAGUACAGUGAAGUUUCUAGCCACCUAGCAGCAAGAAGCAAUUCGAUCAUAUGUCCUGAUUUAAAUUCAACUGUGGUAAAGAGCCAAUCACAGACUGUAGUCUCAAACCAAGGUUUUCCAGCUACUAUAGCUCAUACAAGCUCUACCGAGCCAGUUACUUCGAAUUUUGUCAAAACUAGCUUGACUUUUCGACCUCUUGACCGCCCAUUUUCCAAUCACGGUAUGGGAUGGGUGUGAUCACUGGGACCCAGAUUGCCACUAACAAGGGAAGUGUUUCAAGCAGUGCGGUGAAUAGUGAAUUUAACAAAACAUUCAUUCACCUUUUUUUUCAUUACAAAAGAAGUGAGAGACAAAAAUGUGUUAGGUGCGAAUGAAGCAUUGACUAACGAUAUUUACAGAUCAUACACUGGUGAAUAUAUGUAUAUUUCAAGCGAACUAAAUUAUAUUUAUAUGUUUUGUGAACGCUACUGAUAGUGAGAUAGGUUAUUGUUCUAAAGCUAUACAUCUUUUUCAUGGUCUUCAGCAAAACAGUAGAGUUAGUAAUUGGGAAAAAUAUAAUACAAGACACUUAUAACUAUAACCUAAUGGAAGACUAUUUGUUUUCAGUAAACAAACAAAACCAAAACCACUGUUUAAAAGAAAUGUCAAGUACAGAAUUACAGGAACUCUACUUUCGUCUAAGCCUCGUGUUCUACUUGGUUUUGAAAUUACACAAACUGUGUAAAGUAAAAAAAUGGUUAACAAACUAGAAGCUUAAGAUAAGAUAACAUUUGCUUAACUAGAAAAAAAAAAGUUAUAAUUUAGAUAGUAACGUAUUCUUUGAUAGAUUGUUUAGGCAGAGUAUUCAUGAUGAAACUUUGUAGAAUGAAUGGCAACUGCUUGUUGUAGAGAUACAAGUGUAGCGGACGACGUUUAGAAAGUUGCCGUCCAUUCUACAAAGUUUCAUCACAGAUAGUAACGUGCUAGACCAAUAUAUGUCUGGUGACGUUAUGGAUUGCUUGACUUCUAAAGAAUAUUUUUUACCCGGUGAAAGUACGGGGUGUUUCUAUUCUCUUGGAAACUUAGGGAAGGAUUUUAAGUGAAAAACAAUCACAUUUAUACAGCAUAAAAAUUUUGAGCAAAAACUUCCUAUAUUAUCAUAUUUCGAUAUUGCAAAUGUUCUAAAAGUAUUAGAGAGGUCUGGUGCAUACGAUAAAAUUUAUCUUUUACACUAGACGAAUUUCCAAACAUUGCUUUUCAAUUUCAGUGGUUUCGGGUUUAUUAAUUUAAGUCUCUUGAAAAAAAAACCAGUAAGAUGUGAAAAGUGCAUCGCUAAAUAUUUAGCAAACCUUACCAAUUUCAUGAGGAAUUUAAAUUUUAAUAACUUCAGGUAAGGUAAUUGAACGUAUCUGUUGCUUAUCGCUUUUCUACGAGGAUCAUUCUAUAAGUAGGUGUGUUAAGCCUACUGACGCUAGUUUGAUAACUAUUAGAAGCUUCCCGUCAAGUGAUCACGUGACAAAGUGAUUUAAAUGCUUUGUGCAAAUGAUGAAAUUGCAUUUUUAUUGGCUGUUUUAAAAUCGUUUAAAAAAUAGUAACUUUUAGUUUUGUUAACAAAUAUGAGAAAAAUGAAAUACAAAUGAUGAAUCUAUAAUGGAGUGAAAGUUUAAUCUUAAUUAACUAAAGCAAUUUGCAAAAACCUUCCACAGCAGACUGUUCUUCUACGAAAAAGUUUACCCGCCAAACGUUAGAAAAAUGUCAUAUUAACAGCUACUUUUAUUUUCUUGAAAUGUUAGAAGUAAUCUUACUCUUAUGCUUCACUUUAAAUGACUACACUUUUGAUAGACAUUUUUUAAGGACUGUGAAAUGGUUUAAACCUAAAAUAAUAUUAUUUUGUUUGUAACUUAAUUUCGAUAUUAUAACAAAUACUUGAACACACUAACGAAGAACUGCAAAUUUGACUUACUUUUUUUACCCAUUUAUAAUAUAUUAGCGUUGUUUAAAAUUUAUUUUAAUACCAGAAAUCAAGGAUUUUGGCCUGAUUUACUAAAAUCUUAGAGAUCGUUCACUCUUGGAAAAAAAAAUAAAGAUGCAAAAGUAAAGGCAAAAAUGUGCCAAGAAUGAAAAGUCAUCCUAGUGGCGAACUUCCUAUUUAACUUUACCACAGGCCAUGACUAUUGGCGUGACUUGUUUAUCGGUAUCUGUGAUAUAUAUAGCUAGAUGUUACAAAAUCGUGUAGCUAUUUUUAGUUAUUUAUUUGUUUGUUUAAUAAAAUAAUACGAAAUAACUUGUAAGGUGCUUACGAUAACACUGGAUUUAUUAAACGUUCAUUUUAUAUUCUUUGUUAGAUUUAAUACUAUAGGUGUAAUCGGAACUGUAGUCAACUGGUUAUUUUUGACGACGUGUGCUGAGAUACGUUUCUUAUUCCAAUUGUCCCUGGUGAUCAGCGUUAAGUUGACGGACUUGCACCGUUAGCAUCUGAGGCUCGAUUCCUCGCGGUGGACAGAGCGCAGAUAGCCCAUUCUGUGGCUCUGCGCAAAAUAAGCAAAACCACAACAUGCUGAAGAGGGAACUAACAGUUGCAACUAAAUAGAAAGCUAUAAAACGUCAAGCUCGCUUUUGUAAAAAUAAAGGCUAUUAUGCGUGCGUGCGAGAAAAACAUUAAUUGCUGUGCGUUUUACGAAAAAGUUGUUAUUCUACAUUUUUAUGAGUAGUUAUUGACUAUUACAUCGAUUUAAAAUAUAACAUAAAGAGAGCUUUAUUCUGUCAAAAAUCAAUUAAAAUCCUUUCCAAAAUUCGAACAAAAGUCGUUGGCUCUUAACGAAUAUCUUUAAAUAUAUUUUUAAAUAACUUUCAACUGUUUCAGUGAAAUCUUAAAAGUACUGUCAAUGAUCGUUGAGGUUGAGGAUCCAUUGCACCUUUGAUUUUUUUUCCAACCAGAGUUGUUACUCACACUGAUCAUUUUACUAGAUGAAUUGACUCUAUAGUAUAAAAAUCCUGAACUGAAUUUGUCCAGAUAAAAUAAAUUUCCACGGUAUUUGCAAAUUUGUACAAUACAAAUCUCUAUAUAUUUUAAUGAUUUUUAGUAACUGCAUUUUCCAGUAUUUGGUAUGUUGUUAUGUAGAUACGUUAAAGUGUUAGUGUAAUUGAAUAAACAAAAAUAGAACCUCUCUACAUUAGUGGCCACGUCUGGUUUUCAUCGUGUGAAUCACUUCCAUUAGACGCCUUGAUCAUUUUUGUUUUAUAUAUAUAUAGAAUUAAUAUUUUACAUUUGUGGAAUAGUGGAGAUACUUUUUUUUUGAAAAUCUGUAUGCAAAUGUAAGUUAACAAGAUAAAUGAUCAACUAUUGUUACAGAAUGUUAUUAUAAACACAGUCUGUCGUUAAACACAAGUAUGACAAACGACUACUUAGAGUUUAGUGCCAUUUCAAACAAAAAAGUAAAUUAUGAUUUUUUAAAAAUUUUGAUAUUACAGUUACUUAACCUGUUAAAACAGUUACUUAUAAAAAAAGCUUGGUGGUCAAGUCCGCCGCUAGUGUGCAAUCUAUCAGUGAACUGUGUAGUCUGAUACCCUGCUGCAGUAGGCCUUGCGUUUGCUAGGAUCAGCACUGGAUUGACUGCUUGAAUUUUGAGAAAACGAACGUAUACACCUGCUGAUUAUAGGACUUGUGUUAAUGGCUAAUACUUCGUACAAUUACUUUAAUCGUUUCUAAAGAAUAUCCCAAAGUGUUUCUGCCAAGUAUUACAGCAUAAUGACUUUGUGAUAAUUAUUAAUAUCACUCCUGUAGUGGUUCUUUUAUAACAAUGAUCAAUAAUUAUGCUUAACUCAAAGCAAGAACAGAACAAAUGUAUAUCUGUGGAAUGUUUGAGUGUCUGUCAUAAAUACGCUACAAGUGAAUCAAGCGCUCCUGUAUGUUUUUGGAGAAGUUCAUAAACGUGCGUGCUUUGUAAUUUAAAAUUUAAGAAACAUGACUUUAGAAUUAGAUUUAUGCAAAAAGUAUCUACUAAUUGAAUCAUAAUUGUCUUAAACAUUUAUA